CCGAGUCGCCACAGCGAGCCUGGGAGCGCUGCUCGCAAGAGAGGGAGCGGAGGCUGAGCCGGGGCCGCAGGGCCUCUCCCCAUCGCCCAUCUGCUGGCCCGGGCUGCCAGGAGGAGCCGGGUGGGCGCUGCCGCCGCAGCCCAGCUCCAUCGCUGAGGGCCCCGGGCCGGAGGUGUUGCAGGGGCAGGGGCCGGGGACUGGCAGAUACCACCUGCCGCGCACGGCAGACCCUGUCAGGAGCAGGCGUCGCCGGGCCCAGCCAUGCCGUGCGUCCAUUUCCAGUUCUCCUCCCAGCUGCGCCGCGAUACGGUCACCUUCAGCGGCCUCCACAUCUCCCUCGGCGACCUCAAGCACGAGAUCAUGGGCCGCCAGAAGCUGAAGGCGGCCAACUGCGAUCUGCGGGUCACCAAUGCCGAGACCAGAGAAGAAUACACAGAUGACAGUGCUCUGAUUCCUAAGAACUCCUCGGUAAUUGUUAGGAGAGUCCCUGCUAGAGGAGUUAAAACUACCAGCAAAACGCAAGCUCUAACUCGAACUGAGCCAGCGAGUGGAACAUCAAAAGCAGUAUGUAAAAACACAAUCUCACAAUUUUUUUCUACACAUUGCACUUAAUUCUAAACAAUGUGGCCUCGUAUUAAUCUCCCAAAGAUGAAGUUAAUCUGUUCUGCAGUGAGACAUAGUGUAUGUUGUAGAGACCAUGUAUUUGAUUGACAGCACAGUGAAAACUGAGUAAUGCCAUCAUUUGCACAGUUCUAAUGUGAAUAUUGGUAUUUGUGCCUAGUGAGGCAUUGUGUUUCAUAUUGAAUAUGCUGGAAUAUUUCCUGAAUGACUUUGUGUUGUACAAGUAAUUUAGGAUCGUUUCUAGAUCAUGUAGGUUCAAGGUUUGCACAAUUCAAUUGGUGCUGUGUUCUACAUCUGUCUCUCUAGAGCUAGUAUGUUUGUAUAGGCUGUUGUAUGCUCUUUGUUUCUUGCAAUUAAAAUUGUUUGGAGUGUACUUUUUGCCAUUUUUGCAUUGUAUCACUUAGCUUUUGGUUUUAAGUACUUUCUUUGCCUAACAGUUUUGGA